GCCCGGCCCGGCCCGGCGUCCCCGCCCCGGCUCCGCCUCAUGCAGCGCCGCGACGACCCCGCCGGCCGCCUGUCUCGAGGACAGGGUCCCGGUGGGCGCGCGCCGCCGUCGCGCCGAGCGCCCCGUGGCGGAGGGGCCCGCGGGGCCGCCAGCGGAACACAGCCGCCGCCCGGUGGGGCCGCGGCCGGCGGGACCUCAGGGCCGGGGGGCUCCGGUGGCUCGGGCUCGAUGGUUGGCGGCAAGAUGGAGCCCGAGAACAAGUACCUGCCCGAGCUGAUGGCCGAGAAGGACAGCCUGGACCCGUCCUUCACGCACGCCAUGCAGCUCCUCACCGCAGAAAUUGAAAAAAUUCAGAAGGGUGAGACAACAAAGAAGGAUGAGGAAGAGAACUACCUGGAUUUAUUUUCCCACAAGAAUAUGAAACUGAAAGAACGAGUUCUGAUCCCUGUCAAACAGUACCCCAAGUUCAACUUUGUUGGAAAGAUUUUGGGACCCCAAGGCAACACCAUUAAGAGACUUCAGGAAGAAACUGGUGCUAAAAUCUCUGUGCUGGGGAAAGGUUCAAUGAGAGAUAAAGCCAAGGAGGAAGAGCUUCGUAAAGGGGGGGAUCCCAAAUACGCCCAUCUCAACAUGGAUUUACACGUUUUCAUCGAGGUUUUCGGGCCCCCCUGCGAGGCCUACGCCCUCAUGGCCCACGCCAUGGAGGAGGUCAAGAAAUUCCUGGUCCCAGAUAUGAUGGAUGACAUCUGCCAGGAGCAGUUCCUGGAGCUCUCCUAUCUCAACGGGGUCCCAGAGCCCAACCGUGGCCGAGGCGUCCCCGGGCGGGGCCGGGGGGCAGCCCCACCUCCCCCUCCACCUGUUCCGAGGGGCCGUGGGGUUGGUCCUCCUCCUCCUCCUCCCCCUCCUCGGGGUGCCCUGGUGCGAGGAGCCCCCGUGCGCGGGGCCAUGGCCCGGGGGGCCACGCUGGCCCGGGGGGUGCCCCCUCCCCCGGCGGUGCGCGGCACUCCUGCCCCCCGGGCACGGGCAGCUGGAAUCCAGAGGAUACCCCUGCCCCCUCCCCCCGUGCCAGAGACCUACGAGGAAUACGGCUACGAUGACACAUAUGCAGACCAGAGCUACGAGGGAUACGAGGGCUACUACAGCCAGGGCCAAGGGUGAGUUGGAUUCUCUCUUCCCAAAGGA